AUGGCAGAAGGUGGGUACGACGAAGAAAGGUUUAAAGAGGGCCAGGAAGGCAUGAGGGCUUCGACCAACGCCUUCUACAACCACAAGAUUGAGUUGGUCGGCCUUAUGGCCACCGCCUCUGCUGUCGCCUCUGCUGUCUUAAGAUCUUGCCUGACGCGAGACGCCCGGUUGACUUCAAUCCAGUGGCCGAUGUCAACCAAGUGAGCCACAGUUGCACUAGAGAUUGACUUUUCCGUUGCCUGAUUUAGCCAGAUUAGAUGGUGCUCUCAAAUCCUCUUGGGUAGGCGUCUAGUCGUUCGAUCAAUAUAACCUGCUCCACAGAAGCAACUCGAAGCGUAGCUGCACAUUGACCCACAUUGAAUUGCACUGAAGUAAACUGUCAUUAACUUUGUUUCUGCCACGUUUGAACUCCCUUAAGCCUCUCCCCAAGAACUACUGUUCACUGGCUGUUAUUACUCUCGCCGCUUUACCGAAGCUUGCUUAUAUUGCUGUACAGGUCUAACGAGGAAUAAUCAAGAAUGUAUGUUCGCAGAACCUGACUUCCACAGCAUAUGAAUGUACGAUUUGAUAUGGACUGACUCAAGUAUUUGGUCGAAUCCGGACGUCUAAUCGACUGAAAGCGCAACUUUCAAACAAUAAUUUUUAAAUUUCAUGCGAGAAUUGCGAAUAAUUUAUGAAACAGCAUUAAACGUUGGGGGAUUUUGGUCAAUACACAUUGUUCUCGGCGCAUUUGCAUUCAAUGAAAAAUUGCUACAAAUUAAUUUCUUUGGUCGGAUGAUGGCCAAUAUGAAAAUUACUUGAGAGGACUAAAAUUUAUCAUAUUUCCAAUUCAACUGCGAUUAUACAUGUGUUUAAUGAACAGUAAAUAAUUAGAUACAAAAGCUCUGCUUUCCCAUCAUAAAUCGAGUUUAACAGAUUUUUAUAUAUGUCUAGCAUCUAAGCGACAUCUGGAGUUCACUGCCCCUCUUUAAUUGUGGUUCCUCAACCUAAGAGAUUUUCGUAACAAACAAUCCAACUACUUUAUCCGCGGUUAGUCUGUCACAAUAUACGAGAAAACUUUGAUAAACGAUGCCAGGGUACGUACAAUAGUUGAUUUAACUCACAAAAGUUGGCAAAAAUCAAAGCUGUGGUUUCAGUUAGAAUGUGUGGCUUAGGCGAGUUUGUAAAACUAAGCAAGUUGUCAUGCAUGCUAGGAUGCGCCUCCUAUAGGGGCACGUUUUCAAUCAAAUGGCAAACUAUACCCGCCAAAGCAUGAUGGUGCAAAUAUUACGCAUUGUUUUCAUUUACUAUUAUGAUUAUUUCUCAGUUAACCGGAUACGUAAUUGUAAUUCAUUUGCAUUGCAAUUUCUUUCAUUAUAGCAUUACAUCAAAGCUCUGCAAUAGAGCAUUGACAAUUUGGCGCGCUUUUACCAUAAUCUGAAAGAGAUGAAAUCCCGCAUUUACUAGCGGCUGUCCAGUUUGAAUGAGGUAACUUGUACUGAUUGGUUUCUCACAAUCAGUGUGAAGUAAGCACAGGUUACUUUGCUUUCCUUUCCCACGACACUUCAAAACAGUAGCCACCACUGUGAUCAGUGCUUUUCCAUGUGACUGCUCCCUACAAACCAAUUAAAUGAGCGAUGAUCACGUCUUAAAUCAAAAUCUGCAAGCACACCAGCCGUUAAACUCCUCCAUUAGUACUGCUCUUUCGCUUUCUGUAAAGGAUCCCUAAAAACUGAAAUUUGUAAUUAACACGGUCAGUUUGGAAACGUAGAAGACGAUGUCAAGUCACAGUACAAAAGUGCAAGUUGUUAUUGAUCCGGGAACCUAUCAAUGGCGCCUAGGGUUUGCCGGCAUGGACAAGCCAAAAGCAAUCUUUUCGACGGAUACGAGAUAUCUGGAUAACGUAAGUGUUGGUUUCUGGAUGAUAGUAUGGAGAGACUCAUUAUCGGUGUAUCAACCGGUUUAAUUUGAACAGAAGAAUUAUUAAUUACCUAUGGAAUCUCCUACAUUUCUUUCAUUGUUAACUGCUGAUUAAAAUUUGUAGGACGACACCUUAAAUAAGAGAGAGUAGGUGAAUUCAAAUGACCAUCGAUUCAUAAAUUUGUAGAAACAGUGAAAUGAGAUUGAGGGUUCGAGUUUAGAUGCUUUUCAUUUAUUGUAUGAUUGGCUUUAAGGAGGCCUUGGGAGAUGUUCUGGCGAAAUCAAUGCAGUGAGAGCGAAGUUUCGAUUCUUUUAUAUAACCUGAAAUACUCGAUUACUGCUGACCGCGCUUACGACAACAGACAGUCCAUUGUUGCUCACCCUUGAAGCUACAUUGUCCCCGUUUUAACAGAACUUUCUGCAUUUUAAGCGGUCGAUAAAAUGCUUUUGCCAUUCAACUGAAAUAGCAAUGAAUUGUUGAAUCAAAAUAAUUUAACUAAACGUCUUUGUCUUUUAUAUGCCUUGCAUUUUUAAAACCUUCAAAAAUUAUUUACCCAUUUUUAAGCAUUCUUGUAGCUGGAAGGACGCUUAAACAAAGUCUAUUGAAAAGUUUCUCUAAAGGGUCUCAAGAACUUAGGGGAUAAAAAAUUAAUUUCAACCAUACAUGUGCUACAGAAAUUGAUUCCAGCAAACCCUUUUGAUGUCCAACUUAAUAGGUUGAUGGCUGAUUGAAAAAAUGAACCUCCAAUUCAGAGAACAACGGUCUUAUUGCACAGGUAGCACUAUAUACCAUACUUGACAGUGCAGGUACUAGCUUAAAGCCCAUAAACGUAUUUCGUUGACAUUAUGCCGCUAUAUGACAAACCUACAAGGGGUUUGGUUCAUUAGUGUGUUCCCAUCGUUCCCUAAGUGCUCUUCUUGUGGACACUUCAGUUUUGAAAUUGCAGCUUUUUGACUUCCUCAGAGUUUAAUUGUCAACGUGGAGUAAAUCCGUUCUAUUUGAAACUUAGAGGCUUAGACUGAAAUUUUAAACACGUGUCUGGGCUUUUAGUCAUUACAUCGUGCCGUCAGGCAUGGUAUACGUGUUACCUACGCAUAUACUACCGUCUGCCUGUUGGCAUUUUGUGAAUAUAUCGCAGUUAUUCCGCUGGUGGACUUUAACUGAAAUAUUCAUAUCAAACUUCAGUUUGAGCAUACACUUCCCAACCAGAUUGAUCUACUCCAAAUUAGCGACUAAUGUCUGGAGAAAUUAAAAAGCUGUAAAGGCAAUCUUAGAAUUUCUUCGUCACCCAGCGAUUCCGCAGGUUAGGUAACGUCUGGCAAGCCCUGGCUAGAGAUAUUGCCUUAUAAAUGAAAUAUAGUAAACGGACACCUAAAGGGACAUGUUGAAUGCUCGAGAAUCGUCAACAUUCCUAAGAUUCAAGAUGACAAGAAAUAAAUGCCUCGCCAGCUGAAUAUUGCGAGCUUUGCAGGGCUGUUGUCUGAACUCAUUAGUCAUUGCUUCAGUGUGUGUGACUACCCAGGAAUAAGGAUACUCUAUUUUCUGCGUAGUUCAGCCAUAUGAUUGCUCCUUUAAGGUCAAAAUAUGUGCGAGUGUUGUUUGUACGGCAAAAAAUUUGGUUUUCUUUCUGGGCCGUUUCGAGACUACUUGUUUUCAUCAGCUACGGACGGGUAUUCUAAUGUCGCCGCAUAUGCCGACAAAAAUCUCAUUGGAAUUUACUUAUGAUUCCUUAUUAGGCUUACUAUGAGGCAUUCAAAAGAUUACUUGACCUGCAGACGUCGAGUGUCGCUAAAUUUUCAUCAGACCAGUAACAACUCCGGCCGAAAUUAUAGACAACUAGCAGUAAUCUGGUCAGAUGAUGAUGAUGAUGAGGAGGAGGAGGAUGAUGAUAGGCAGUAUGCUGUUGUGAACAAAGACAAGGGAGAAUGGAAUGGCCAUUUCUGGCUUAGUAGCCGUCGUCAGCCAGUCAUAUCCAACCCCGAAGUGUGGAACACCCGAGGCUCGAACUCGCGACCUGUUAGUUAGAAGUCCACGCCUCUAACCACUGGGCCACGAGCCCGUUGCCCUGUCGGUUUCGAUCGGAAUAUACAAUGAUAGGGAGCGCUCACCGAUCCUGAUGAUGAUGAUGAUGAUGAUGAUGAUGAUGAUGAUGAUGAUGAUGAUGAUGAUGGUGAUGGUGGUGGUGGUGGUGGUGGUGGAUAG